AAGGUACAUCCCCCGCAAGCCACAAAAGUACGAGUAAUCACUUUACAAAAACCCAAUUCGAGUGCUCAGUUUGAAAAUGACAUCUGUUCGCUUAACUUGUCUGCUGGCACUAUUGGCUGCGAUUUUCGCACAAUUAACCAGUGGUUAUAGACAAUCAACUACGCCGCCGCCAAGAUGUAGGCCCGGACUUAUUAUUGACUGUAAUUUUCAAAAUGAGGAUCUGGUUUGGUCGAGAGAUGAGAAUAAUGAGUGUAAAACCAUUCUGAAUUCGUGUCUCUUCGAUCAAGCCAAUUGUGCGCGCCAUCGGCAGGGGCGUCCAUUACUUGAAAAGGUGAGCAAACAGGAGUGUCAGCAAUUGUGCGUGAAUGACUGCUCUCAAGCGCCAAAGGAUACGGUUUGUACGCGUCGUGGCGAUAAAUAUUGCACCUUCCCCAGCCAAUGCGAAUGGGCGAAGCAUCUGUGCAAUACCGGCGAAUUUUGGUUCCAAGAAAAUCCAUUGCCUUGUGGCUCAAAUCCUGUACAGUGCUUUUCGUAAUGGAAAUUUCGACUUUUUUAAAUUCUAAAUAAAUUUUGUUGAAAAUCUGAAAAAACUCGAAAAAUAAAAAGGUUAAAUUGGAUUUUCUCGUAGAUCUGUGUAAAAUUUCAUCAAGAUCGGUUGAGUAGUUUUUGGAAAUUUUGACGAGCUGUUUUGAAAACUCAGUUUCGAUACAAGCCCGUUUGAAAUUUAAAGCACAUCUGCCUUUGUAUCUUCGAAAAUUUUACUCGGAUCGACUUGAAAUA